CCCAAAUGCCAAAUACUACUAGUAAAGUAUUUUAAUUAUAGCAACAGACCACUUGUAUUUCUGAUACCUCCAUACCCUUUUUGUUUUUACAUUAAGGAAAAAAAAAAAAAAAACUGCAUGUGAAGCUGUAAUAUUGUGACCAAUAUUUUCUUGCGGCUCAAGGUUUUGUGCAUAGAAUAAAGGGUGCCUUUUUUUUUUUUCCUUUUUGAGUAUAAAAGCAUACUGUUAACUCCUGAUAUCCUGGAAAGCUGCUGAAAACAAAAUCUUUGGUUUCUUCUGCGGUUCAUUGUCUUCUUUAAACUCUUAAAGUGCGACUUAAAUAUUGCAUACCAUCUAAAGUCCAAACAGUAAUUGCCUUCAUAAAAAAUUCAAGAGUAUCAGCUUCGGCAAGGGGUACUCUGAACAUGGCAUUGGUAAGGGCUGCAAGGAGUAGCUUAAGGCGUUCUGGAGGUGCAAUUGGCAACUAUGCAAGUGAUAGAAACAUAUGCUAUGAAGGCAUUUCACCAUUGAGACACCCCGCACCUGUUCUUGAAAAUGCUACAGCAGGUUUCAAUUCGUCAUAUAUUCCAAGCAUGCGGAUGAUAAAUCAAUUAAGUUCUGGGAACAGAGGAAUGAAGUUGACCCCUCAACAUCAGCUUGCACAUGCACAAGCUCAAAUGGUUGAGGAUUCUGAUUCAGAGCGUGAAAGCUCCAGCUAUCCAACACUUGAAGCAACAAAAGAGGGCGAAAAGCCUAGAGUAGUUGUUCUUGGCUCUGGUUGGGCCGCUUGCAGGUUCCUCAAAGGGCUCGACACUAAGUUGUAUGAUGUUGUUUGUAUAGCACCAAGAAAUCAUAUGGUCUUUACACCUUUGCUUGCAUCUACUUGUGUUGGAACAUUGGAGUUUCGAUCAGUUGCUGAACCAGUUAGCCAGAUACAGAAAGCACUGUCAAAGGAUCCAAAUUCAUAUUUCUUCCUAGCAUCCUGCAACAGUAUUGACUCUGAUAAACAUGAAGUGUACUGUGAAACUGUUGACGAUCAUGGAGUAUCUCAUGAGCCUUACAGAUUUAAAGUUGCAUAUGACAAGCUUGUCAUUGCUUCUGGAGCUGAACCUUUGACCUUCGGCAUAAAGGGGGUGAAGGAACAUGCCUUCUUUCUCCGUGAAGUACAUCAUGCCCAAGAAAUCAGGAAGAAACUUCUUUUGAACUUGAUGCUCUCAGAAAAUCCAGGCAUUUCAGAAGAAGAGAAAGAGCGCUUGUUGCACUGUGUUGUGAUUGGAGGUGGCCCUACGGGGGUUGAAUUCAGUGGGGAACUAAGUGAUUUUAUCAUGACAGAUGUACGCCAACGAUACGCUCAUGUCAAAAACUACAUUCGUGUAACCCUCAUUGAGGCUAACGAGAUUUUGUCUUCAUUUGAUGUUGGAUUGCGGGAAUAUGCCACAAAGCAUUUGACCAAGGUUGGUGUUCGCCUUGUUCGAGGUGUUGUAAAAGAAGUACAUCCAGAUAAAAUAGUUCUCAGUGAUGGAAGUGAUGUUCCAUAUGGCCUUCUCGUAUGGUCUACUGGAGUUGGUCCUUCUGAAUUUGUUAAAUCACUAAAUAUUCCCAAGUCUCCUGGUGGAAGGGUUGGAGUCGAUGAAUGGUUGCGAGUUCCUUCUGUAGAAGAUGUGUUUGCACUAGGAGAUUGUGCUGGUUUUCUUGAACAGACUGGAAAGCCGGUGCUUCCAGCUCUUGCUCAGGUUGCUGAAAGGCAAGGGAAGUAUCUUGUUCAAGUGUUCAACAACAUUGAGAAACAGAAUGGAGGCAAAGCUCUCUGUGCCAAAGACAUCUCUUUAGGAGAUCCAUUUGUUUACAAGCAUCUUGGAAGCAUGGCAACUGUGGGGCGUUACAAGGCUCUCGUUGAUCUCCGUCAAUCUAAGAAUGAGAAGGGCGUCUCGUUAGCAGGCUUCCUGAGCUGGUUUAUUUGGCGCUCUGCAUAUCUGACUCGAGUUAUCAGCUGGAGGAACAGGUUUUAUGUGGCUAUGAACUGGGGAACAACGUUAGUAUUUGGCAGAGACAAUACUAGAAUAGGAUAAACUAGCAAAUCUAGCAUGUUUCUGUUCCAUUUUUUAUCACUUAAUAACUUACCUUAGUGCAUGUAAAAAUUGAUUAGUGAUGUUAUUUCAUUAAGUAUUGAAAAAAGUAUGGCAAAAGUAUUUGAAGCUCCACAAUGUUAAAUGCAAGUAGAAGAGAUCAAUUACGAGAAUAUGAAGCAAAAUCGCCUUUCUUUCA